AUGCAGCAGGGCAAACAGGUUGUCGGAGAACACGAUAACUUUGUCCCCCCUCGCCUCGUCCUUAAUGAGAUCAUCUUCCCUGACCAGAGUGGCGGUGAGGCCCAGUUUACAGUGCGACCGCACGAUUUCGUUGAUCCGCCUGAAGGCGGGUGCGGGGACGAAUUGGACUUCGUCGAAUAUCAGCAGACCCCAGUCCCUCUGCUUUAUUUGGUUGAGGAUAUUCUCCGUGGACUCUCGGUGUUUUCUGGAGUACGCCAUCAUGGUAUACGUCGAGAUGAGCACGCCCGCCUCAGCAGCAGGCCACAGAUCGCUUUUGUUGUCGGACGUGAGGGAAACCAGCUUCUCCGAGGAGAUGUUGGUGAAGUCCAUGAAUUGUUUCACCCACUGUUCAACGGCUACCGCCGAGGUCGUGAGCACAAAAAUGGGUUUCCGUACCGUGCAUGCGGCGACGAUGCCGGUGAGCGUCUUACCGGCACCACACGGAAGGACGAUGAUGCCCGACCUGGCACGCCCGUUGCUGAACAUCCGCCUGAGCGCUCGCUCCUGGUAGUAUCUGAUCUUAAUAUUGGUGCGGACACAGCAUUCCAGCGUUGGUGUUUUUUUAUCCUUUCUGAAAUCGUAUUCCAUGACCAGAGGUCGUCGCAUCGACUUCAGUGCCUCACGCUUCAGUUCCUCAAUUUUUUCUUGGUAUACCUCGAACGAGUAGACCUGGCUAGUUGCGCGGUUUUCUUCCGUUACCUUGGCCAUUCCCUCGAUUGCUACGGGCAUGUUCGACUCCAUGACUGGCCUCGCGGCGUCGCCGGUAUUGGCCGAGUUGAACAUGAUGGACGACGCAUCGGCGGUGAACACCGCGGACGUGACGUAAUCGCUGUCCUCAGUCGCAUGGUUUUCACCACGGCUCCACGUGUUUCCGGUGAUCCUCGCGCUCCUAAUGACGGGGUUGGUGAGCAGGUGGUCGAGCUCUUUCCUAUCCUGCGACUCGACCCAAUAACGAUUAUCCCUUAG